AUUUCGCGAUUUACAUUUUCGUUAGCCGCCAUUGAUAAUCGUCUCCUGUUUCUUCUACCAAGCACACAAUCCCGAAUCUCUCUCUCUCCGCUUACUUCCCAUUGAAAACUUUCUUCACUUCUCAAAAAUGGUGCGAUUUUUCGCCGCUUUUCACCUUAUUUUCCUCAUCGGAUUUCUGUCGUCUGGAUCUGAAUCUCUUCGAUUCGACUUGCAGUCCGGCCACACCAAGUGUAUCUCUGAGGACAUUAAGCACAACGCCAUGUCCGUCGGUAAGUAUCACGUUGUUAAUCCCAAUGAAGGCCAGCCUUUGACUGAUGAUCGCAAGCUCAUUGUUCGGGUGACUUCGGCUACUGGAAAUACCUUCCACUACUCCGACAAGGUGGAAUCGGGGCAAUUCGCUUUCGUUGCUGCGGAGGCGGGUGAUUUCAUGACCUGCUUUUGGGCUCCCGAUCACCAGCCUCAGGUCACAUUGUCUGUGGAUUUCGAUUGGAGGACGGGUGUGGCUGCCAAGGAUUGGUCCAAUGUUGCUAAGAAAGGUUCUGUCGAUGCCAUGGAAUUAGAGCUUCAGAAGUUGUUUGACACAGCCAAUUCUAUUCAAGAAGAGAUGAAUUAUCUCCGUGAAAGGGAGGACGAGAUGCAAGAUCUGAACAGAAGUACAAACACAAAGAUGGCAUGGUUGAGUUUGCUUUCGCUUUUUGUUUGCUUAUCAGUGGCAGGAUUGCAACUAUGGCAUUUGAAGACCUUUUUCGAGAAAAAGAAGCUCAUUUAAAUUAUUCAAACUCUUAAGUCUCUUCGCAAUCAUAACAGAAUCCGCCUUCUUCAGUGUAGAUUAAUUAGUUAUUGGUUUGCAUUGUGAGAUAAGAUCAGCUUUCUAUUUUUCGGUGUAAGAACACAAUAGCCUCUCCUUUAAUCAGCUUAACAAUUCAGUCUUUUACUGCCAGUAAUUUUACAAAUUUCAGUUUCUUUUCCAUCUUGUA